AUGGCGGGGCUGAGCCCCAGGGAGUCCCGGCAGGGCAGAGGAGGCUCCGCCAGCCCCACCGCCCCGCUCCCGCGCUACGUCCGCGUGAACACCCUGAAGACCUGCGUGGAGGACGUGAUCGACUUCUUCAAGCGCCAGGGCUACUCCUACUUGGGCAAGGCAGCCAGCGUGGAGGAACUGAGCUCCCUCUCGGGGAAGAAAUUCCUGUUGGAUCUUCAUCUCCCGGAGUUGCUGGUCUUCCCUCCACAGACAGACUUCCACAGCAACCAGCUCUACACUUCUGGGCAUAUAAUACUGCAGGACAAGGCCAGCUGCCUCCCCGCCUUCCUCCUGAGUCCAGCCGCUGGCUCCCAUGUCAUCGAUGCUUGUGCUGCCCCCGGGAACAAGACGAGCCACGUGGCUGCCAUCCUGAAGAACAAGGGGCAGAUCUUUGCCUUUGACCUGGACACCAAGCGCCUGGCCACCAUGAACACCAUGCUGAUGCGGGCCGGGGUGACCAGCUUUGAGCUGGCCCAGCAGGACUUCCUGACUGUCGACCCCAGGGACUCCAAGUACAGCAAAGUGACCCACAUCCUCCUUGACCCGUCGUGCAGUGGCUCAG